AUGAGCGAAGUACAUCAAGACUUCGUUUGGAAUUCGGAAAACGAAUCACCGGAAAACACUUCACAACAGAAUGGCCACGCACCGCGCCCUGCUAAAAGGCCGAGAACCGCCUCGAAGCGAUCUACCGAUCAACAUGACGAGAGCGAUUCUUCCUUGGCUGACGAAGUUACCACAAAACGACAACGUGUGAGCAAGGCAAAGAAGGGGAAAGAGCGACAGCACUCUCGCUCACGAUCGCCGCUACAUCACCAUACCGAAGAAGAGGCAUUGGAACUGUUUGGACCGUCAAUGACGAUGUUUUCUUUGUUCGGUCCUCCGGGUGGAUACCAGCUUUCGCAUGGCAUUUUACGAUGUAACCCAGAAGACGAGGGGCGAGCGAGCUUUAACUUCAACUAUCCGGAUGAAGCACGACAAUGGGUAGAAGAGGAGAUGGAUAAAGUUAGGCAGGAGGCGAUCGCCUCUACCUCUACGCCUGUACCCAAGAGGACUUCGAAGCAGAAUCGAAAGCCUAAAAUGAAGGGCAGUCCGAAACCCAAAGACAUGAAUGGAUCGUUGGAUACACUCGACGAUGGCAAUGCUGAUACGGGUUUAUCUCCAAAUGCUGCAGCGUCGUCGUCUACACGCAAAGCAUCACGAAAAGCAGCAGCAGUUAUUCGUGCAGCUACUCGGCAAAGAAACGACAGUGACGACGACUCAGAUGAUGAUGACGGUGGGACGUCCACAUUACAAGCUUCCUCCCGCAAACCCAGGAAAAAACCUGCUCCGAAUCAUUGGAGGCGCUCACAGCCCGAUGAAUUCAUGCUCGACAGCGCACCGGAAGGAAGUCGCAAAGUCUGUCACCAAUGUAGGAGCCGCAACCGGUUUGCGAAAAUGCAUUGUAAUUUUGUCAAGGAGAAUGGAGAACUCUGUACUUUGUCGUACUGUCAUAAAUGCAUUAGCAGACGUCCAGAAAUCGAGUUCACGCCUGAUGGAUCUUUCAAGUGUUUCCGAUGUUCGGAAACUUGUAGCUGUCUAAUAUGUCGCUUUGUAUAG